AUGAAAAGAGAAGAAGGACACAAAAAAAAGAGUGAAGAAGGGGGAAGCGGUCCUUUUAUAGGCAUUCUGGCAACUUCCGCUCUUGCAGAAAGAGAGAUCCGGUUUGGUGGUGGUGAUUUCGGGUUUGCAGCCGCGCAUGCAGGUGCGGCUGUUCCUGCACCAUCUACACAUCUCAUUACGGAGUUGCUUAAACCGACCAUCAAAAUGGACGCCAAUUACGACCUGGCCGACGAAGAGCCUCGGAAUUUCAAUUCGGCCCAUUAUUCGCCGACAGAAGACCGGUUCAUAAAGGACCACGAUCUCAAGGUUCGCACGUUCGAGGCGCUUCAUGGCCAGGAACAUCCGUCGCCAGUUCGGCGCCGUCAAAGUGUCAUCGAUUUUCCCCACCGAACAUUCGACCUAGAAGCUGCCCUCGGAGGUGAAAGUGGCGGUGGUAGUGUCGGUGGUAGUGCCGGUGGCAGCUCUGGUAGUAAUAUCGAGGGUAAUACCGGGGAUAUUGAGACGCACCCAACUCCGUCGGCAGCGUCUCAUGUGCAUGGUUCCGGUCUGGUGGCUGCCGCAUCUGCCAAUGCAUUCCCGGAAGAGUACGCCUCGGAUGAGUUGAUUGAGCUUUUUCAGAACGUGAAGAGCUGCUUGGACACGCGCCACCGGUACAUGCAGAUUUCGGUGCAAGACGAUGCGUUAAACCCAAAAAAUCAGGAUGGUUGGACUAUUUAUCCGCCGCCGCCUGCGCCAACCUACAAAUCCAAAAACCGAUUUAAUCAAGUUCAACAUAAAAACCCCGAGGAGGAAAAGUUUGAUUUUUCCAUGUGUAAAAUCCCCCAAAUUGACGACGGAAUUACCACCAAGGUUAGCGACGAAGGAGUAUUCAAAGUAUACCUCAAAGACUCGGAUUCGGCUAUUGUAGACCCGCCAACUCUCCGCGAUUACUAUUUGGAUCUCGACAAAAUCAACCGGAUUUCAUCGGACGGACCAUCAAAAUCGUUCGCUUUUAAGCGUCUCGAGUACUUGGAAACCAAAUGGAACUUGUACUACCUUCUCAACGAAUUUGAAGAGAACAAAAAAUCAAAACGGAAUCCUCAUCGAGAUUUCUACAAUGUGCGGAAGGUGGACACUCAUAUCCACCAUUCGGCCUGUAUGAACCAGAAACAUCUCUUGCGCUACAUCAAGUACAAACUCAAGACGUGUCCCGACGAGCAGGUGAUUUUCCGGGACGGCAAAAUCUUGACAUUGAAAGAGGUUUUCGAGUCGCUCAAUUUGACCGGCUACGACCUCUCCAUCGACACUUUGGACAUGCAUGCCCACACCGAUACGUUCCACCGGUUUGACAAGUUCAACUUGAAGUACAACCCCAUCGGCGAGUCGCGUCUAAGGGAAAUUUUCCUCAAAACCGACAACUUUAUCAACGGGCUGUACCUUGCUGAGCUCACCCAGCAGGUAUUCGAAGACCUUGAAAGUUCCAAAUACCAGAUGAACGAGCUCCGAAUCUCGGUGUAUGGCCGGUCGAUUUCGGAAUGGGACAAACUAGCGGCGUGGAUUGUCGAUAACAAGCUUUUUAGCCAUAAUGUCCGGUGGCUCAUCCAGGUUCCUCGGCUCUACGAUGUGUACAAAAAGAGCCACACCAUUGGAACCUUCUACGAUAUUAUGAGAAACUUGUUUGAACCGCUCUUCGAGGUGCUGAUCAACCCGCAAUCUCACCCAAAACUCCAUGUCUUUCUCCAAAGAGUGGUGGGUUUCGACUCCGUUGACGACGAGCUGAAACAAGACCGCCCGUUUCCCCUGCGCAAGUUUCCUCCUUGCACCCAUUGGGACCUCCCUACGAACCCGCCAUACUCCUACUAUCUCUACUAUCUUUAUGCCAACUUGGUAUCUCUUAACCAGCUUCGGUUGCGCCGGGGCUUCAACACGUUGGUUCUUCGGCCCCAUUGUGGAGAAGCAGGAGACCCCCAUCAUUUGCUGAGUGCUUUUUUGACGGCCCAUUCGAUUUCCCACGGCAUUCUUUUGCGGAAAGUUCCAUUUCUCCAGUACCUCUACUUUCUUGACCAAAUCGGUUUGGCCAUGCUGCCGCUUUCCAAUAAUGCGCUCUUCUUGACCUACGACAAGAAUCCAUUUUACUCGUUUUUCAAACGAGGAAUGAACGUCUCGUUGUCCACCGACGACCCGUUGCAGUUCUCAUACACCAAGGAACCGCUCAUUGAAGAAUACUCGGUGGCCGCUCAGAUCUACAAACUCUCCAGUGUCGAUAUGUGUGAACUUGCCCGGAACUCGGUGCUCCAAUCCGGAUGGGAAGAUUCGGUCAAGAAACACUGGAUCGGCAAAAACUACAAAAAAAGAGGCGUCGAGGGCAACGAUUUGGAAAAGACGAACGUGCCCGAUAUCAGAGUGGAGUACAGAGAACACACCCUCCAGAGCGAACUCCACUUGAUGAACCACUACACUGGGCUCAAAAAAUCCUCGUAA